UAGCGCGAUGCGGGCGGGAUCUCCCGUCCCCGCUCCGCGCUCCGCGGAAUGAAUGGGGCGGGGGGUGUUCGGGGCUUGUUGCGCGUUUCUCGGUGGGUCCGUGGCCACCGGCACCCGCCGAACGGUGGCGGCCGAAACCGCGGAAAACUCCCGGCAGCCUGCUUCUGCAAAGUGGUACGACCGGAGGGACUACGUCUUUAUUGAGUUCUGUGUUGAAGACAGCAAAGACGUAAAUGUAAAUUUUGAAAAGUCCAAACUCACGUUCAGUUGUCUUGGAGGAAGUGAUAACUUUAAACAUUUAAAUGAAAUCGACCUUUUUAAUAAUAUCGAUCCAAAUGAAUCAAAGCAUAAAAGAACAGACAGAUCCAUCUUGUGUUGUUUACGAAAAGGAGAGUCUGGUCAGGCAUGGCCAAGGUUAACAAAAGAGAGGGCAAAGCUCAACUGGCUCAGCGUGGACUUCAACAACUGGAAAGACUGGGAAGAUGAUUCAGAUGAAGACAUGUCCAAUUUUGAUCGCUUUUCUGAGAUGAUGAACAACAUGGGAGGAGACGACGACGUAGACUUGCCAGAAGUAGAUGGGGCAGAUGAUGACUCACCAGACAGUGAUGAUGAGAAAAUGCCGGAUCUGGAGUAAGGCAAACUGUCGUCUUCAGGGUUUUGGGGAAAGAAGUUCAUCACAACAUUUCAUAAUUGAGAUAAGAAUUCCUGAGUUGAUAGCCCUAAAGGGAGAUCCUGCAUCCUUUAACCCAUUUUCAGUCCAUUUUAAAUGGCUUCACUGAUGGUAGGUGUGUCCCAUGGCACGGGGCGGUCUUAAAGCCACGAGAGGCAAUAACGUUAUGCAUGAACCGUUUUCCAGACUUCCAAAAAACAAAACAAAACCAAACCAACCCAAUUGAGGUGUAGGCAAUCCGUUCAGAACAGUUGCAAUAAAGUUUACAGAGCCUCCUUGCCUCGUAGCAGAUGUAAUUACAAUGGGAGAAUCCUGAAUUAACACUGAGUGGUAAACGAGCAUUUUUCCCACCCUCUCCACGGCCUGAAAUUGUCCGUUUAUACCGGGAACAAAAACUUGUCAUUGGCUCCCCAAAUUCAGCAGGCGAGGCGCAUCCCUCUGUGGUGUCUUCAGGUCUGUUCCACUAAAAGUUUGUAUUGAAAAGGAAACUUUAAAAAAAAAUUUCUCCUUGUUUUCGUGUUCGCCCCCGAGCCCCCGACCGGUGCCGGUGGCCGGAGCCUGCCCCUGGUCCCGUGUGACCCCAAACCUUUCCACCUCCUCGCCCGGGGUGCGAGUGGCUGUACAUUGUUGCUUGUCAAUCUGUACAUUUAGACCAAAUCGUAUUUGCACUGUGGGUUUGGCAGCAAGUGACAGACCGUGGGGCGCGCGGGCGCCUGCGAACCGGGCUGAAAAACCUCAAUUUAUGUUCAGAGCAGCUGGGAUUUUUUUAAUGUCUGCAUUCUUUCUAAUAAACUGUUGAAGACUC